AUGUCCUUUCAGGAGUAUCUAUCUAUCUAUACAUCUAUCUAUCUAUCUAUCUAUCUAUCUAUCUAUCUAUCUAUCUAUCUAUCAUUAACUUAUCGUUCUUCUUCUUCUUCUUCUUCUUCUUCUUCUUCUUCUUCUUCUAUUUAUAUGUAUCAUGCAUAUUUGUGUUCUAUCUAUCACAGUGUCUUCAUAUCUAUCUAUCUAUCUAUCUAUCUAUCUAUCUAUCUAUCUAUCUAUCUAUCUAUCUAUCUAUCUAUCACAGUGUCUUCAUAUCUAUCUAUCUAUCUAUCUAUCUAUCUAUCUAUCUAUCUAUCUAUCUAUCUGUCUAUCACAGUGCCUUCAUAUCUAUCUAUCUAUCUAUCUAUCACAGUGUCUUCAUAUCUAUCUAUCUAUCUAUCUAUCUAUCUAUCUAUCUAUCUAUCUAUCUAUCUCAUUGUGUCCAUGUUUAUCUCUCUCUCGUUAUCUUAUUCAUUUUCUUUCUUUCUUUCUUUCUUUCUUUCUUUCUUUCUUUCUUUCUUUCUUUUUUCUUUUCUUUUCUUUCUUUCUGCCUUUCUGUCUUUGUCGUCGUCAGUCAGUCUGGCUUCAACGUACUUGAUUUUCGCUUCUCCUUCUCGAACCGAUUGGAACAAAGAAGUCGUUCGGUCAACGGCGGCAGACAGGUUUUUAGCGACGGCAGGGGCCCGGCACAGCCGAGGCGCACUACGCGCGUCCGGUGACGGCGAACAAAGGCGAAGACGGGCCGUCGGAUCGGGCCGCCGUUGCCCUCGGCUUUCUAGCGCGCUCGGAAGCCUGCCUCACAUUCGUUAG